AUGUCUCGUAUGUUUCCCGUCUCUACAUGCUGUUUGCUGUUGCCAUACGUUUGGGAGUACCGCGUGAAUGUGCCGUGUGAUUGUCUCAAGUUUUUCAACGAUUUUCAGGUGGAAUUGGAGAAGCUGAACGCGGCCACGGACGAGAUUAAUAAGCUGGAAUUGGAGCUGGAUGAGUCUAUGAAGACGUUCCACCUGCUGCUGAACGAGACUUCUCGCCGGCUGCAAGCUUUGACGAAAAGAUUGGGUACUUGCGUGGACAAGUCCAGGCCAUACUAUGAUGCCGUAGCAGCCGCUGCCACCGCCCGUUCUGACUGCCAGCGUGCUGCUGUUCAGUUUCAACGUGCUAGUGAGUUGCAUGCAGCUGCUAAAGAGACAGUGACGUUGGCUGAGCAACGGUUCGUUAGCAAGCAGAAUGAAUGGCAGUUUGACAAUAACUGGCAGGAGGUGCUCAACCAUGCGAUCAUUAAGGUCAUGGACGCCGAGAAGAGAAAAGCAGAGAGUGGUCGGGAACAUCAAAAGAAAGCCGCCGCUUACAUCGCCGCGGAGAGAAAGGUGACCCAGCUGGAGGAGAACUUAAAACGGAACAUAAUAAAAUCUCGUAUAUACUUUGACGAGAAGAAACUCUGCGACGAACAAUUGCAGAUGCAAAACGAAAAGAUUGAGAAGUUGCAGCGUCAGAUCGCUGAUGCCAAGUUCCGUUACUCCAAAUCCCUGAAGGCUCUAGAAGAGAUCUCAGAGGAAAUACACAGACGGAGGGGGGAAUAUCCCCCUUGCAAGGAUUCUAUACCAGUUGGCCCCAGGGAACCAGGUGUCGGAGCAGAGAAAGACCCAGUGCACGAUGAAACGCUGCAGGAAAUGGAUAAAGACGAAGACACCAGUUUGCAAGAACUCAGAUUGCGUGUGAGAGAGCUAGCACUCAAGCCAAUAGACAGAGAUAUCGAAACUGACGAGGCGUGGGCGCAGGAACUCAAUGAAACCAUCAACAAACUCGACCAACUCCUCAUGAUGAAGGAGAGCAACCAGCAAAAGAGGUCCAAGUUCACGGCCAAUUAUCCAAAUUCCAGUGCCCCAUCCACCAGUAUGAACGCACCGAAGACUAAUCUAACCAGAAUGAAGUCUAGAAGCCGGGAGACGGUUUCCGACCACCCUGCGCCGUUAAACAGUGAGAAGUCAAAGAGUAUGAUGUCGCUGGACGUUCUGGCGUUGGCGAGGGACGCGUCUAUAAUGGACAGGGAAUCGUACCUCAAAGCGGUGAUAGAAGAUAAGUCUCCUACGGGAACUUAUACUGAGAGCAAUUCGGACAGAAACGAGAGCCCUGAUGAAAUAUUGAUGGUGGAGUGUGACUCCAGUGAUUCGACUCAGAACCCGGUGAUCAGGAUGACCAGUUCCACGGUCACUGACAGCGAUAACAGUUAG